AUGAACACUGGUGAAUACAGCAAGCUGGGCAGUGCAAUCGAAGAGGUCCCCAGAGGCUCCUGUGAGCAGUGCCCACCAUCAUGGCUACCCUUCCAAGGUUCCUGCUACUAUUUCUCCGAGAAGCAGGCCNUAUGGGACACAGCACAAGGCUACUGUGGAGGCCAAGGUGCCCAUCUGGCGAUUGUCAGGGGCCUGAACGAGCAGAGCUUCCUGAGUCAGCACACACGUGGCCGGGGCUAUUGGUUGGGUCUGAGGGCAGUUCGCCACCUCAACAAGAUUCAAGGCUACCAGUGGGUGGAUGGAGCCUCACUCACCUUCAGCCACUGGAACUCUGGAGAGCCCAAUGAUUCCAGAGGGCAUGAGGACUGUGUCAUGAUGCUGCACUCGGGGCUGUGGAAUGACGCACCGUGUACCAGUGAGAGAGAUGGCUGGAUCUGUGAGAAGAGGAGCAACUGCUGACCAACCAAGCCCAGCGCCCAGCACCAUGCCCAUUACCUCGGGGUGAAUCCAAAGGGUGGCUCCUAUUCCCUGAGCCCACUAUUAAAGCUAGUUUUUUCUAAUGCACCGUUAAUAAGAGCCACUCAGCCUGACCAGUGCAUGCUUUAGUGACCCCAGCUCUAACUCACAAGACAGCCUAAACCUUCCAUCUAAUCUGUCAGUCUCAAAAUCACUGCUCUAAAACCCUGAUCGUCCGAUCCCCUGCCUGUUUCCUAGACACGGUGUUGGCGUUGUUCCAUCUUCCAGCAUUCCCCUAUUUUACCCUCUGACUUGGAGCUUUCUUCA